UUACUUUGGCCUUAGAUUAUGCAUUUAAAAAUUUCCUAUCAACUUAAAAAGAAAUCUCCAUUCCCAGUAUUACUUGUUGCUCAGUUGCUUUCUUGUAGCAGCAGCUCCUCCCCAUUUGUAUUCUAAUCAGCUUCGAUGCUGGGAAAAAAAGCUGUUGAAAUUGUGUCCAGAUAGUCACAAUGAAAACCUAAUGUGAUCACAGUAUUUGAUGUAUGGUUUUGUGAUCUCACUUCUGGCAGUUUCGGGAUUUUUUUUCUUCUGGAUUUUUUCUAAAAUACCAUUAUUUCUUUACUAGACAAUUAUUGGGCUAAAGUUAGACUACUGCGGGCCUUGUAAAUGCCUGCUAGUUUAGAAGUUAAAGGAGUUUGAGAAAUAGUUAAGGAAGGUUAGGGUUUAAAAUUAAUCCACAAUCUUUAAAAUUUAAAACCCAGGGAUAAUGGUGAAAUGCAGCUUCAAACAAAACAAUUCUAUUUACUGAAAUGUCCUAGUUCUAUAAUAACUAUGGGCACUUUAAGACACUGAAAUAUUUCUUUUGUAAGCUACAUAAAUUUGUUUCAUUCUUUUCUAAAAUCUUUUGAAAUGUUAUCAAAUCACAUCUUUCUUUAACUUGUCCAGCAAUUGGGCGUUAGCAGAGUUUUACUAUUUGGAGGUGGAGUAAAAGUAUGGUAUACCUUACAGAUGGCUGUUUUGUAAAAUAGCUCUUAAGAACUUUUUAAUAUUAAUUUCUGACUUUAAUAUUUAAUUUCUAAGGGGAUUGUCAUUUACAUACAAGAUGUUUGGUUUAAUGCAUUUUGACUAGUCUGAAAUCCUGAUUUUCCAAAUAUAAGUUACAAGUCAUGUUUUUUACUAUAUUUUCAACAUUUGUACAAUAAAGUAGGAAAUUUAUUUCACUACCUUUUUGCAAAAAUGAAGCCUGAUGAAACUCCUAUGUUUGACCCAAGUCUUCUCAAAGAAGUGGACUGGAGUCAGAAUACAGCGACAUUUUCUCCAGCCAUUUCCCCAACACAUCCUGGAGAAGGUUUGGUUUUAAGGCCUCUUUGCACUGCUGACUUAAAUAGAGGUUUUUUUAAGGUACUAGGUCAGCUGACAGAGACUGGAGUUGUUAGCCCUGAACAAUUUAUGAAAUCUUUUGAGCACAUGAAGAAAUCUGGGGAUUAUUAUGUUACAGUUGUGGAAGAUGUGACUUUAGGACAGAUUGUUGCUACAGCAACUCUGAUAAUUGAACAUAAAUUCAUCCAUUCCUGUGCUAAGAGAGGAAGAGUAGAAGAUGUUGUUGUUAGUGAUGAAUGCAGAGGAAAGCAGCUUGGCAAAUUGUUAUUAUCUACCCUUACUUUGCUAAGCAAGAAACUGAACUGUUAUAAGAUUACCCUUGAAUGUUUACCACAAAAUGUUGGUUUCUAUAAAAAGUUUGGAUAUACAGUCUCUGAAGAAAACUACAUGUGUCGGAGGUUUCUGAAGUAAAAAUCUUUUAAGAAAGACAUCAAAGGAGCUUAUGCAACAAGGUUAUACUCUUCCUAGAGUCAAAAAUGUUUGUUGCUGCAACCCAGUGACCUCCAUAAAUACUGAAUUUAAAAAAAAUUGUAAUACAAGUAUAAUGACAUUUAGAAGAUUACUUUGGGCUGGUGGGACAUGCUAUGUGUUUAGAUUACAAAUGAAUAUUAUAAUGGGGAUGAUUUUUAACCAAAGGAAUAUAUUUUUAACUUGAAUCUUUUCUUGCAUUGUAUUUUUCUAAAGUUUGGCUUCAUUUCUUGGUAGUCAAGAAUAGAGGUAAUAAGGAGUUAUGUCUACUAUCAUUACUGCUCAUUUGAAAAAGUAUCUAAUGAAUAAUGCCGUUCUCAUAUUCAUAAAAUUUUGUUUCAAAGAAACAUAUCUAAAUACCACCUAGGGGUAUAUUAUUUCCCAAAUGUUAUAUGAAAUUGGGUAAGUUAGAUACAUGAAAACUAAAUGUAAUGCAAUUCAACAUUUAUUGAUCCUAAUACUAUAUUGGCAAACAACCUGAUCAGUGUUUUAAAGAAGUAAAAAUGAAAAUUAACUUUUAAAAUGUGACAAGAUUCAAACAAUUUAAAUGUACAUCUAAAGUUUAUAUAAUUCUAAUGUAGUUUAUCUCCAUUAUAUGUUACCUGUCUUACAUGUGAAAGAUAAUUAUUCAUUUAUUUAAAAAUACCUUAGAGCCAAUAUUAAGUACUUUAAAAACAGUGAAUUAGCAACUCCUGGCAUAUUAUGUAUUUCUAACUUGAUCUCUCAUCUUUUCACGAGUGUCUGAAGCCUCUCUUAGUAACAUUUUUAUGAAAAAUAGAUAAUUACAAAAAUGAGAAUAUUUAAAAAUGUACCAUACUGUAUUGGUUACAUUCUGAAAAUGUUGAUGAAAGCUUUUCUAUUUAAUGUGAUCAUAAUAAUGGUACUAUUAUUCUGGUCAGUAUCCUGAUUUGAUUUUAUUUAUUUUAAUUAUUUUUUAAGUAGAAGAAUUAGAUACUUUAUCAGUGGUUCUAAUCUUUUGCAUUCCAUGGUACAUUAAACCUGUUCAUAUGAUAAAUAGUGUUUUGUUAGAAUCCUAAUGUUGUCUGCACUUUUCUUGAAUCUCCUGUUUAAUUAUUAGGUCAAGUCAUGUCUCAUAAAAUUUUAAUAUUAUGUACUCUUUGUAAAAUGAUUUUGGAAAGUAAAAAUGGCCUGUUUUUCCAUCCCUCUAAUUAGAACCUACCUCAACUGGAUUUCAGAUUUCCCUUCAUGUUAUAAGUUAGAUUUCUGAUAAAACAUAAUAAACCCUUCUCCAAUAAUGGGUGCACUACUUAUCUACAGAUGACCUGUUUAGAUGAACUGAUCUCUAUCUAAUUAAAGCAACACUAGCUUUGCCUUUUUGGGAGUCUUGUAACCUUAGCACAACAGUACCAUUUUUAGGUACAUGCUGGCAAUUAUAAACUGAUGUGUAUAAGCCUGGUAAAAGGCAAAACAAUGUUAUAUUACUUUCUUACCACUGAAAAAUAUGAAGUAAAACUGUCUACAAGGUUUGGUAUUUUAAUAAAUCCUUUAAAAUAAUGUUCUUAUUAGAUCUAUAGGAAAUAUAGGUAAGGCAUAGUAUAUGAAUAUUGUGUGAUUGAGGAUGAUCUGUAUUUAGCUUUAGUUAACCAGAGUAUAUGUAUCAUUUUCUCAGCCACACUGAGUAAAUGAAUAUGACAAAAAGCUACAUGAAAGCAUUGUUUGCUUUUGAAAAGGUAUAAUGAAGUGGGUGGCAGUUGUGAUUUUUAUUGUGCCCCUUAUGUUCUACAUAUUUGUAUUUCAUUAACUUUAAGAUGCAAGGUUUUCUUUACAGUUUCAAAAAUCUGGAUGCAUUUUAUGAUCAAUGGCUUGUCAUACUUCAGAAAUAUUUUGUCUUUUUAGUGGUAUCUAAAAUAAUGACAUAAAGAUGGUCUAGUGAUGACAUCUUUAGAUUUGAUGAAAAAUACUAAGUAUGUAGGUAGGUUCAAAGGGGGGGAGAGGGUACUUUGUGUAAAAGCAAGCAGUAUUUUUAAAAUGGGUUGGAAGGUACCCUACAGAAAUAAUUUAUCCUCUGCCUUCAGAAACUAAUUCCCUCACUUCCCACUCCAAACUUGUUCAAGCAGUCUUUAAAAUAUACUUGAGCUGAAAUCUGAACUUUGCAUGAACUUACUGACACUAAUUUUUUAGUGUGUGACCACAGUGUUUUGGAAGAUACUCUUAAGUGUUUCUCAAUAGCCAGUAUUCAUUCAUCCUUCUUAAUCUGUGGGAAUAAAACUGGGUUACAUUUACCCAGAAGACAGUAAUCUAAAGUUCUAAAAGGCACAAGCAGUAUAAAUGAGCUUUUCAAGCUUUUUGAGGUACAAUGGCACAACAGUUUUAAUACAACCACCAAUCUUCACAAAAUAAUUUUAAUACUUUGUGCCUGGGCUAGCAGCAUCUUGCACUGUGACAUUCCUAUACAUACAUAAGCAUUUUAUCCAAGUACAAAUGUUAAAAGCAGAGUAACUUAAGCAUUGCCUAUACAAAGGUAACAGACACUGUAGGUUAUUUUUCUUGAAUCAUUUUUGCUGCAUAGUAAAUUGCAAUUACAUGUCAGUAUAAUGUUACUGAUCUAUAGAAUACACUUUGAACUGUGAGGUAUGGCAACUCCCUACAAGAGAGAGCUAACAUGUAAACCUGAAUAUUCUGAGUGAUUUUUUUUUUUUAGCUGCCAUGAAUGGGUAAGACAAAAAAGGAAAAAAAAAAAUCCAGCAUUCAAAGACCCUAAAAACUUAUUUUUCUAAUCAAUAAAAAAAAAUCAUUUAGUAAUUCUCAGCUAUUAUUUCCUCACUGGAGCAUUGUUGAAUGGACAACGAUAAAAUAAAUAUUGACGUGAAGCUAAGUUUGUAAUGGAAUUAUGGGUUAAACCAGUUAUUUAAAAGAAAAAUCCGCCAGGUAACUGCUCAUUUACUUUACAUCAAGUUGAGAUCUCAAUAUAUAUAGAUACAGACAUCCCAACUUUAUAAUUCAAGACUGCAGUUAAAUACUUCUAAUUCACUUGAAUUACCAUGGUAAUAAGACAAUUAUAAACCUUAUAUUUUCUUAAAAAGGACAUGCUUUU